AUGGGCAAAUCCGAAAGUCAAAUGGAUAUCAUGGAGAAAUCAAGUAAACCUGGGAAGCGUCGUUGGACUGUUGCAGAAAUCGGUCUGUCUGUUCUGCUGCUGUUGGUCAGCUGUGCCUUGGCUGGACUGGUAGUCCUCUACACAUCAGUUGUGAAAGAGGAAUCUAACAGGCCGAGUGUGUCGAGGAGCUCAACAGGUGAAGGCCAGCUGUUUCGUUCCAAUCUCAACAAUGUGUGCACAACUGCGGACUGUGUUACUGCAGCUGCCCGCCUCUUGCAGAACAUGGAUAUGUCCGUGAAGCCUUGUGAUAAUUUCUACCAGUAUGCCUGCGGGGGUUGGCUGGAGCGACAUGUCAUCCCGGAGACCAGCUCCCGACACAGCGUCUUUGACAUUCUGAGGGACAAGCUGGAGAUUGUCCUCAAAGGUGUUCUUGAGACGGGGAACGAACACGACAGGGAUGCCAUCAGGAAGGCCAAAGUCCUUUACAGCUCUUGUAUGAAUGAGAGCCUCAUAGAGCAGCGUGACUCCCAGCCCCUUCUGAAGCUCAUUGACAGUAUCGGAGACUGGCCUGUUGCAUCAGAUGACUGGAACGCCACUACAGAAGAAGCCUGGAGCCUCGAGGACACAUUGGCCACACUUACAGCUCAUUUCCACAAGAAGGUUCUGUUGGACAUGUAUGUGUGGACAGACGACCGGGACUCUCGGCGCCAUAUCAUUUAUAUUGACCAGCCAGGACUUGGAAUGCCAUCAAGAGACUAUUAUUUCAACGAUGGAAACUACAAAAAGGUUCGAGAGGCCUAUCUACAUUUUAUGGUUUCCAUUGCGAAGAUAACCAGAGAGGACAGGAACCUGACUCAGGAUGACGACCGUGUGUGGGAGGAAAUGAUGCAAGUGCUAGAGCUGGAGACAGACAUUGCCAAUGCCACAUCUCCUGCUGAGGAGCGCCAAGAUGUCACCGUUCUCUACAAUAAGAUGACACUUAGUGAUCUGCAGAGCACAUUCAGCCUGAAUGGUUUUAACUGGACACGAUUUAUCCAAGGUGUGCUGUCCAGUGUGUCCAUCGAUGUCCAACUAGAGGAGGAGGUGGUGGUAUAUAGCUCUCCCUACCUUGAGAAGAUGAAUGACGUUCUUUCUAGACACAGUGUCAGAACUAUGCAGAACUACCUCACCUGGCAGCUCAUCACUGACAGAGUUAAUAGCUUGAGCCGCCGUUUCAAAGAUGCCAGAGCCCGUUACAGAAAGACUCUGUAUGGGACCACUGUGGAGGAUGCUUGGUGGCGAGAAUGUGUCCGUUAUGUCCAGAACAGCAUGGAAAAUGCAGUUGGAGCUCUGUAUGUGCAUGAGACCUUUGCUGGAGAAAGUAAACGAAUGGUCAGUGACCUCAUCGGUAAGAUCCAGAAAGCCUAUGUGGAAACACUGGAGGAGUUAAGCUGGAUGGAUUCUCCCUCAAAGGAGAAGGCAAGAGAGAAGGCCAUGGCAAUCAAGGAGCAUAUUGGCUAUCCAGACCAUAUUCUGGAGAAAAGUAACCAGAAGCUCGACCAGGAGUACGCACAUCUAAAUUUUAGUGAAGAACACUACUUUGAGAACAUCCUCGAGAACCUAAGGUCUGAGGCGCACAAGAGUCUGAGGAAGCUCAGAGAACCAGUAGAUCCUGACUUGUGGAUCAUUGGUGCUGCUGUGGUGAAUGCAUUUUACUCUCCCAACAGAAAUCAGAUAGUGUUUCCAGCAGGAAUCCUGCAGCCACCGUUCUUCAGUAAACAUCAGCACCAGGCUCUUAACUUUGGUGGAAUAGGAAUGGUUAUUGGACAUGAGAUAACACAUGGAUUUGAUGACAACGGGCGUAAUUUUGACAAGGAUGGUAAUAUGCUAAACUGGUGGAGUAAUUACUCUGCGGAGCAUUUUAAAGAGCAGUCACAGUGCAUGGUGCAACAGUAUGGCAACUUCAAUUGGAAACUAGCGGGUGGACAAAAUGUCAGUGGAAUCAGCACUUUGGGAGAGAACAUUGCAGACAACGGAGGGGUUCGUCAAGCAUACAAGGCUUAUCUUAAGUGGGUGGAGACAGAAGGCGAGGACCCUCAUUUGCCCGGUCUAGACAUGGAUCACAAGCAGCUUUUUUUUCUUAACUUUGCCCAAGUGUGGUGUGGUGCUUAUCGGCCUGAGUACGCCAGCCAGUCCAUCAAGACUGACUCACACAGUCCCUUAGAAUACAGGGUGCUUGGAUCUCUGCAGAAUUUUGAAGCAUUCUCUGAAGCUUUCCAGUGCCAAAAAGGCAGUCUAAUGAACCCUGAGCUGAAGUGUCGUGUCUGGUAG